AUGCCCGGACAUCACUAUCCCGGAGAUCCAGAAAGCAGUGCGCCGGUCGUCUCCAAACAAAGCUCCCGGCCCCGACGGAAUCAUCAACGCCUUCAUACGCUCUUUAAUGCAUGUCUUCAACAUGGCUACUGCCCUACGCACUUUAAGGACACCAUCACAGUAGUGCUCCGGAAACCGGGGAAAAACGACUACACGCAACCGAAGGCAUAUAGACCAAUUGCACUGCUGAAUACCUUAGGAAAGGUGAUGGAAACCAUCAUUGCAAACUGA